GCAUGUGAUCAGCCAUGCAUGUCCUCACAAUGCAGCUGCCGGCCUUUUAUGUCGACCGCAAAUGGGGCUCUUCUCCGCCAGGCACAACCCCUCUCGUCAACUCUCCUCCGUCCCUCGGCUCGUCCUUUUCUUUGCUUUCUGCUGCCUUCCUCUCCUUCUCCUCAUCGAGGUUGAUAACUUUGUAUCGCAAACGAAAACUAUAGCCGGUCACAACUUGGAACCAACUCCAUGGCACAUUUUCCCUCCGAAGCCAUCCGAGGAAGAAUCCAAGUACACGAGAGCUUCGACUAUCAUUCGGUGUACCUACCUCACUUGUGGGCAGACCUCAGCCAGCAACAGCUCUUAUCCCGACCACAGCCGUCAAUCUGAGGACGAUCAGCCCAUGGAUUGCCCGGAGCCUUUCGGCUACAUACAAAGGGACCUGGAGCCGUGGGUGGAGUCUAAGAUUUCCAUGUUCCAUAUAAUAGAGGCGCAGAAAUAUGCAGCUUUCCGGGUGGUGAUAAUUGGUGGCAAAUUAUAUGUGGACUUUUACUAUGCAUGUGUGCAAAGCCGGGCAAUGUUCACAGUGUGGGGAAUUUUGCAGCUCCUGAGGAGGUAUCCUGGCAAGAUCCCGGACCUGGAUUUGAUGUUCGAUUGCAUGGACAAGCCCACUAUAAACCGAACGGAGCAUGCUUCCAUGCCUUUGCCUCUCUUUCGGUAUUGUACGACGCCGGAGCACAUGGACAUUCCGUUUCCUGAUUGGUCGUUCUGGGGUUGGUCAGAAAUUAAUAUAAGGCCAUGGGACGAAGAAUUCCGGAGCAUAAAAAAGGGUUCAAAACGUCGAAAUUGGUCGAGGAAGUACCCUUUCGCCUACUGGAAAGGCAAUCCAGAUGUUGUUUCUCCUAUUCGUUUGGAAUUGCUUCAGUGUAAUGACACUCAGCUCUGGGGGGCACAAAUAUUGCGUCAGGACUGGGAAGAAGAAACAAAGCUUGGUUUUAAGACGUCAAAACUGGCGAAGCAGUGCGAUCAUCGGUACAAGAUAUAUGCAGAAGGAUACGCAUGGUCAGUGAGCUUGAAAUACAUAUUGUCAUGUGGGUGUUGCCCUCUGAUAAUAUCUCCACAGUACCAAGAUUUCUUCAGCCGAGGUCUGGUUCCUCACAAGAACUACUUGCCCAUUCCUUCCACUGAGAUGUGCCCAGCUAUCAAAUUUGCUGUUGAUUGGGGCAACUCACAUCCAUCUGAGGCUGAGGCAAUAGGAAGAGCAGCACAGGAGUACAUGGGAAGUCUGAGUAUGGAUCGUGUGUACGAUUACAUGUAUCAUCUUCUCACAGGGUACUCGAAACUGCAAGCUUUCGUGCCGGUUCGACCGUCGACUGCUAUGGAAAUAUGCGAAGAGUCUGUGCUUUGUUUUGCCAAUGAAAAGCAAAGGAAGUUGCUGAGAAAGUCGGUGGCGUCCGCGUCAUCAGCUCCGCCGUGCUCGCUUCCACUUCUAGAUAGCCUUUAGGAUUGGUGAUUCGUGAAAAUUUUGAGUUCAAAUGUUAGUGUUUUUCUUCUCUUUUUUUUUUCCAUAUUUUAGGUCACUUUGUACUCUUGGAUACGAGAUUAAACUGCUGUGUGAACUACUUGUUGAGGUUUC